AUGAACAAAACGGAAAACCUUUCUAUUGAGGAGACAAAUGAAAUAAGGGAAAAGCUGGGUAUGAAACCUAUUCCAGUUUUUCAAGAAAAGAAUACAGACCAUAAAGAGUCUUUGUCAAUCGAAGAGACGAAUGAGUUGAGGGCGUCCCUUGGCCUAAAACUUAUCCCACCCCAACAAAAUUUCAAUUCUUCUCCCCCUAAUGUACAUAACACAUCCAAAAUCGAUGAACUUCGAGAGAAGAUAACAAAGUUUCAAAAAAAGGCGAACGCUCCUUUACGAAUGGCGCACCUUCUCGAAGAAACUAAUGUAAAUGACGACAGUUCAUGGCUAGAAAACAUGGAUGCAAUUCCUUCCUCACAUGAAUCCAAACGUUCCAGCACAUUGCCAAGAAAAGGCGCCACGAAGGAAGACGAAAAUAUUGAUCUGCAUAAUGUUCAAGUAUCAUAUAAUAUCGAGGCGCUUAGCCCAAAGAAAGAUACGAUUCUAACUUUGAAAGAGAGCAGUAUUUUUGAUGAUACUGAUUCUACCGAAGUGUUAGAGAAUGUGAAAGCUGCCGAGGAAAACGCUGAUAGAGAGAAACUACGAUUACGACAAAUGAAUAAAGAUAGAAGACAAAAAAAAAAAAUUUUAAAUGUAUCUAGCUUAGAUAUUGAAGAAGAAGAAGAAGGAGAGAAACACUCAAUUACAACUACACAUCUAAUCAUCGGAGCAGAACAGGGUGUUAUGAAGGCACCGAAUACUAUAUCAGCAAAACCACCAACGGGAAAAGUUAAAGUGAAUUUCGAUAGCGCAAAUAAUAUGUCAGAUGAAGAUGGUGGAGACUUUAAACCUUUAAAAAUUAAAAAACGUAAGAUCAAGGACCCAAGAUCUACUAAAGCUAGGAAGUCAAAAAUUACUGAUAAGAUGGAAAUUGUUAAGUUAGUAGAUGAAGAUGAAAGUUUAUCCUGGAUGGAAGAAGAACAGCCAGUCACCAUAAUAAAUCCCAGAACAAGCUCAAACAAUGAAUUGAAAGGGCCAGAGGACCUCGCUAGAGAAAUUGAAAAGGCAAGAGACGAAGAGAAGCGACGCACUGAAAGCAUUUUGAAAAUGCGUGAAAUUUCCAACAGUAUUGUCGUCGACGAAAAGGUAACUUUUUUAAAUACUUUGGAUACCAGUCUCUCCGAACGAAGUGCUACUGAGAAUAAAGUGAAAGUGCAUGGUGAAGGAGAGAAAAAUAUCGGAGAUGUUACCAAUGGACAUACUAAGGAAGGGAGUGGAAACAAUACACUGACUGAAGCAGUUAAUAAUGAACCAAACUACGAGGGAGAUGCUGAAAAUGCACCGAACUUUUUUUCUGGUCUUGCAUCAACACUAGGAUAUCUUCGGAAAAAGAGUGUUUUCACCACAGGAGACGUCGAUUUGAAACCAGGAAAGGAUGUUAAUAAUAGUGAAUCACUUCGAAGGGAUGUCCGAAAUAAAGAGCAUACGGGCACUGGCACUUAUACAAAAGAUAAGCUACACGGACUGGAACAAUUCACAUCUAGUGACUCUUCCAAUGCAAAUACUCAUUCAAAAAGACAAGAUCAUUAUGAUCCUGACAUAAAACUGGUUUACAGAGACGAAAAGGGAAAUCGACUGACUACUAAGGAGGCAUAUAAAAAACUGUCACAGAAAUUUCAUGGUACAAAAAGCAACAAGAAAAAGAGAGCAAAAAUGAAAUCCAGAAUUGAAGCAAGGAAAAAUACCCCUGAAAAUGGUAGUUUGUUUGAAUUUGAUGACAAUUAA